CUCCUAGACGACAUCGUUUUAUAAGCUCCCUUUGUGCUAGUGAUAGUUUUUCCUUACCUGCAUCAGUCAAACAAGCGUCCUUCAGUUUUCCAUUGAAAUCUUCAGACAAAAAAAUUGAGACUUUCUUAAGACUUGCAAUUAUACUGUUAUAGUCAAUCUUGUUCUUGAAAGUUAGUUUUGGCAUUUUAGGAGAACAUGGAAGUCAAUAGGGGUCAAGGCGGAAUCCAGCAGUUGCUUGCUGCAGAACAAGAAGCUCAGCACAUUGUCAAUGCUGCCAGAAAUGCAAAAAUGGCUAGGCUGAAACAAGCCAAGGAAGAGGCUGAAAAAGAGAUUGCUGAAUACCGUGCUCAAGUGGAGAAAGAGUUCCAGAGGAAAGUGGCUGAGAGCAGUGGAGAUUCAGGUGCUAAUGUGAAGCGGCUUGAGCAAGAGACUGAAGCAAAGAUUCACCACCUGAAAAAUGAGGCUGCAAGAAUUUCAGAUGAUGUCGUCCAAAUGCUUCUCAAGCAUGUAACAACUGUGAAGAAUUAAGCCCCUUAGACAUGGCAAACAUUCAAAAUCUGUUAUACUGGUCUUUUUUUUUUUUUAAACUUGGUUUGUUUUUUCGGAGGCCUCCUGCAUCAGCAUGCUGUAAUAGUUGCAUUGUUAUGUUCACUUAAUGUCAUUAUUUCUGAACCUAAACUCAUGGUUGAGAUCUGAUUCCUCUAUAGCUACAUUAUUAGUAAUUGCAGUA